UCUUUCUUUUUUCUUUUUCUUUUCUUGUUCCCCCUCUUCUCUGCUCCUGUUUCAGGUCUCUGUGAGAAUAAUUCCGACAGUGAACAGUGAACAGUAACUCCGGCAGUAAACAGUGACUCCGGCAGUGAACAGUGAACAGUACUCGGACGUUGAACAGUGUUUUCCGGCGGCGAUCAGGUUCAUUUCAACUGGAGUUGGUACCUCCGGUUGCCAUAUUCAUUAUUUGUCCAUACACUUGUAGUUACAUUUUUUUGCUAACUUUAGACUUUUGAAUAGUUUAUUAGUUCAUACUCAUUUUCGUGGCUUUGCUUAGUGAUGGUAGACUAGGGUCAUGUUCUCGUUCGGGGACGGGGGCGAGGGUUAGGAGGGGUAAGUGGGUUAAAGGAGCGUCUAGGUUGAGAGUAGGAUCUUGGAACAUUGGAACGUUAACGGGGAUGUCCAUAGAGCUAGUUAAGAUUCUUAAGAAGAGGAAGAUUAAUAUAGCUUGUAUCCAAGAGACCAAAUGGGUAGGUCCUAAAGCUAAGGAGGUAGACGGGUAUAAGCUGUGGUUCUCUAGUAGGUCGAAGUAUAGAAAUGGAGUGGGCAUUUUAGUAGAUAGUGAAUUAAGGGAUCAGGUGGUAGAGGUUAGGAGAGUCACUGAUAGGAUGAUGUCGAUUAAGGUGGUCGUUGAAGGACUCACUUUGAACAUUAUUAGUGUAUAUGCGCCGCAAGCGGGCUUAGGGGACGAGGAGAAGAGGCGCUUUUGGGAGGAUUUGGACGAAUUAGUGGGAGGCAUACCGCCUACUGAGAAGCUAUUCGUGGGAGGUGAUUUCAAUGGACACAUCAGACCUAUUUCGGGAGGUUAUGAUGAUGUGUAUGGAGGCUUUGGCUUCGGGGACAGGAAUGGAGGAGGAGUCUCACUUUUGGAUUUUGCAAGAGCUUUUGGGUUGGUGAUAGCCAAUUCGAGUUUUCCAAAGAAGGAGGAACACUUGGUAACCUUCCGUAGUUCGGUGGCUAAGACUCAAAUAGACUUUUUACUCCUUAGGAAGGAUGAUAAAGGUCUGUGUAAGGAUUGUAAGGUCAUUCCGAGCGAGUAUCUUACAACCCGACAUAAGCUCUUGGUGAUGGAUUUAGCGAUCAAGAUGACGAGGAAGAAGAGGGUCGUGGAGGACCGACCUAGGAUCAGAUGGGGGAGUUUGACCACUAUUAGUGCCCUGGAGAUGGGAGCGAAAUUGAAGAAUAUGGGGGCCUGGGAUAGUAGUGGGGAUGCGACCAGUAUGUGGGAUAAGACGGCUAGUUGCAUUAGGGUGGUAGCAAGGGAAGUGUUGGGGGUCUCGCCAGGUAGUCGUGGUGGAGAAGUGGACGAAUACAGAACUUUAUAAGAUGGCGAGGAAGGAGGCGAAGUUGGCGGUUUCGACGGCAAAAACGACAGCUUUUGAACGCAUGUAUGCUGAACUAGAAGAGAAAGGAGGGGACCAGAAAUUGUUCAGGCUAGCCAAGGCGAGGGAGAGAAAGGCACGUGAUGUGGAUCAAGUAAAAUGCAUCAAGGACGAGCAUGGAAAAGUAUUGCUAGAGGGGACUCUCAUUAGACGGAGAUGGCAGUCAUACUUCUCCAAACUCUUGAAUGAAGAAGGGGACAGAGACAUUGUGUUGGGUGAUUUAGAACAUAUAGGAAG